GUUAACCACAAUUCCUCCCAAAUUAUACUUAAAAGCAUACCAGUAUAUACUUAUAAAGUAUAACGGUAUAGCAACAUGCAUUGAAAUAGUACAAUUAAACAGAUACUAGUACUAAAUUUAUAUUAGUGUACUUAGCACAUAAACUAUAUUUGGGGAUUAAACUUGAAGUUUACUGAUAAAACCAACUUUAAAUGUAGUUUUUGUUAAAACCGAAUUUCAUGCAUUUUAUUUCUCUUUUCUCCAAAUGCUAAAAAAAUGAAAACCAAACCUUUUCAUUGUCUCCUGCUGCCUGUCCUUCUGCUCUUCUGUUUUGGAGGAGUAUUCUACACGUACUACAAGCCAAUCAUCUCUAAUGCUCAAGUCUCCACUGAAGAGUGCCUCAAUAUAGUGAGAAAUACAUUUAUCCAGACCAUAAACCAAACCAGCAAUCUUAAUAUUCCACUCAAUCAGCAACCACUGGUGACCAAACCAGCUGUCAUGGAAGAAAACCAGGAACAUCAUGCCAAUGACAUCAUCAUGUUAAUGUGGUCAUGGCCGUUUGGAGUUGUGUUUAAUGGAACCGCCUGUAGUUCACAGUUUGGGAUUAAAGGAUGUCAAAUUACAGAUGACAGAAGCCAGUAUGACGAAGCCCAUGGUGUUAUGUUUCAUCACAGAGAUAUCAGUGGUGAGCUCACAAACUUGCACAACAUGCCACGCCAUCCACAUCAAAAGUGGGUGUGGUUGAACAUGGAGUCCCCUAGUAAUGCACAAAAAUUGCCUGGGCUUGAUGGCUUGUUCAAUCUGACAUCAAAUUAUCGGAGAGAUUCGGAUGUCUGGGUGCCUGUUGGAAAAAUUGUAGAAAUACCCGAAAAGGACAAAACCUUUGAAAUACCACCCAAAGACAAAUUAGUCUGCUGGAUCGUCAGUAACUGGAACCCCAACUUUGAGAGGGUGAAAUAUUUUAAUGAACUGAGCAAACACAUCAAAAUAGAGGCUUACGGCAGCGCCUUUAACAGGCGCAUUAACAAAGAGGAUUAUAUUAAGACUGUAACAGGCUGUAAAUUUUACCUAGGGUUUGAAAACUCUGUCCAUAAAGACUACUUCACGGAGAAGGUGUUUAAACCUCUAAUGUUUGGCACGGUCCCUGUGGUUCUCGGUACAUCCAGGGAGAACUAUGAGCAGUUUAUACCAGCAGAUUCAUUCAUUCAUGUAGACGAUUUCAAAUCUCCCCAGGAACUGGCAGAACAUCUCACAUUCCUGGACAAGAACCCGAAGGUGUAUGAGCAGUACUUCAACUGGAGAAGACACUUCAUAGCUACACAUUCAGUUUUUGCUAUAGAACAAACAUGCAGAAGUUGUGAAUAUAUAAGGAACUAUAAGGGCUACCGAGUUUUUAAAGAUCUCACUAAAUGGUAUUGGGGUUAACAAGCCUUUACACCAUCAUGAGUGGGAUAGCGAUGGGCUUCUGAUUGGAAAAAUUCCAACAUUCUUUUAAAGGUUUUUCCAGACAAAGACACUUGAUCCAUUUUUAUUUCCAGUCAAUGUAACAAACAAUAAUGCCUGCACUAAGAGAGGUUUGUCAUCAAGGCUUUACUGGUGCUUGGCUUUUAACUCCUGAGCCUCUAAAACAUGUUCAUCAUGUGCUGAUAAAGAUCCACAUCUGUGCGAUCGGGGUCAUAUCGGCACAAUACUAUUAUUUGUACUGUAAUGUGAGAAUGGGGUUUGGUCUCAAUCCUGAGCCCAGCCUUCUGUCUGUGCGGAAUGUCAGGUGUCUAGUUACUGAACCUGUGCACAUAUCGCAGUUCCUAUAGUUCUUUUUAAGCUAAUCAAAUAUAUAGCACCUGUGCAUUAUUUAUUUUUUAUUUAGAUUGCACAGAUUGUGAUUUCUUUUCCUCUUUAAAUAUAUAAUGUAUACAACCUUGCAAAGCCAAACACUCUCAAGGCACCUCCACAACACCACCAGGAAAUACACGGGAGACACGAAUCAAGACCUACACACAUGUAAAAAUAAACUUUUACUUCUCUUGUUGUUAAUUAACUAGACAAACACAUCUUAAACAAGAUUUCACAUCCUGAACAACAAUACAAAAACACAAUCUGCUUAAAUUAAUACUACACAAACUUUAUAUGUUCUCAUGUUUUUAUUGAACAUAACGUAAACAUUCACAGGUUGCACAUUUCUCAUCAUGGUGUAUACUUCGUAAUAAAUUGCACUUUUUUUUGGUUUGUGUUUACACAUUGCUCACAGCUGUCAUUUACCCUGUAUAAUGUUUACACUCAACACCUCAUGCACUUCUAUCCUGUUUAGCAACCUCGUAAAUAUUGUACGUUUUCCAGCUUAAUGCUCUUUAUAUUUUUCUUUUCUUUUAUAUCAGACUGUGUAUGGCUGUGUGUGUGGCAAAUAAAAAUGUCAUUUAAAUUGCAUGGUAAAAAAAAAAAACAGAGCUAUGUU